AGCAACAGAGCGGGCUCGGGGCAGGAACCGCAGAGAUGAAAGGAAGUUUCUGUUCUUUCUAGAUGAACUUCAAACCGCGUGGACCGGUUCACUCAUUGCUUUGUAGUCGACCCUUGUUGAGUUGACGAGCAAUUAGCGAUAACAUUACCAUUAUGUCCUUGUGUUGUCAUUCUCAAAUCCGAAGCUACAAGUGUUAAGAUUAUCGCUGGAUAGCCUGGAUCUAAUAUUAUAAGGAAGGAUGGUUAUGUAAAUCCAGGUCCGAGAUGUUGAACAGGAUGACUUCAUUGGCAUGAGCAUAUAAAGCUUAAUAUAUCAUUUAGGACCAUCUAUCCUUGAAGCUCUCAUUCACGAUUCUUCAAUACUUAGCUUCUGCGUUUGGAGAGAAGUAGGAAAGAUUGGUAACAGUCUGUUUGAUCUUCUCCUACAAGAUUCAACUGUAGAUUUGGAGGCUAUUAUUGGAGGUCAAAGUCACUUGAUUCUGGGAGAUACUGGGCAUCAUUGGAGAAGAGUAAUUCAACUGUGAACACAACCCAAUUGCAAAGACAUGGUGGAUGCAGUAGUAAGCGUUUUUUUGGAAAAACUGCUUAAUGCUCUUUCAGAAGAGAGCCGCGUUUUAAGCGAAUUCAGAGAUCAGUUUGAAAGAUUACAGAGUGAGCUCCUAUUAAUGCAAAGCUUCCUCAAAGAUAUUGACAGGCUCAAAAGGAAGAACAAUACUCUUCGUAGAAUCACAAUAAAUCUGCGAGAGCUGAUUUUUGAAGCUGAAGACAUUUUAGCAGAUUGCCAACUUCAUUCAAGGGAUAAUGAACUCUUUUCCACUGGUUGGUUAAUGUGCAUCUAUCCGACAAAGGUUCCAGCUCAAUAUCAGACUGGAAAACGCCUCAAAGAAAUCAUCGAGAAAAUUACCAACAUCAAACAAGACAUUGCAACUUAUUUUGGUGUCUCAUUUUCAAACCAACCACAUCACGUAUAUGGAUGCAAUGACUUAUCCCAAAGAUGGAGCUCACCUGUGUACGAUCAUACUCAAGUGGUAGGAUUGGAAGGUGACACGAGGAAGGUAAAAGAUUGGCUUUUUGAAGCAGAUGGUGGUAUACUAGCAAUUGGAGUUGUUGGCAUGGGUGGUUUGGGAAAGACCACCAUUGCCCUGAAAGUUUACAAUGAUAGAGAAGUAGAGGGACGCUUCGAAAGAAGAAUGUGGGUUUCUGUUUCACAAACUUUUAGUGAAGAACAGAUUUUGAGAAGCAUGUUAAGGAACUUGGGAGAUGCUAGUAUUGGGGAUGAUCGAGGUGAAUUGUUGAGGAAAAUAAACCAAUAUCUCAUAGGGAAGAAGUAUUUGAUUGUGAUGGAUGAUGUAUGGGGCGAGGACUUCGCUUGGUGGGAGAGAAUUGAGGGAGGAUUACCUAAAGGAAAUGGAAGCGUUGUCAUUAUCACUUCAAGAUUUAAGAAAGUUGUACAAAAGAUGGGAGUGAGGGAAAACAGAAUCCAUUGGCCUAAAUUUCUCAGUAAGGAUGAUAGUUGGUUACUAUUUCGAAAGAUUGCAUUUGCAGCAAGUGAAGGUGAGUGUAAAUACCCUGAGCUAGAGAAUAUUGGGAAGGAGAUUGUAGAGAAGUGCAAGGGUCUUCCAUUAGCAAUUAAGGUAGUUGGAGGAAUGAUGCUUUGUAAACCAUCUCGAUAUCAUGAAUGGAAGCGAAUCUUAGACCAUUUUCGUGAUGAAUUAGCAGAAAAUGAUGAUUCUGAGAGAGGCUUGAUGGCUUCACUACAGUUGAGCUAUGAUGAGCUCCCACCUCAUCUAAAGUCAUGUUUUCUUUGCUUCUCUGUUUACCCAGAGGAUUGUGUCAUAAGCAAAGAGCAAUUGGUCCAUUGGUGGAUUGGAGAGUGUUUUGUCCCGCUGAGAAGUGGUAGAUUAAUAACUGAAGCUGGGGAAGAUUGUUUCUCAGGAUUAACAAAUCGAUGUCUGAUCGAGGUUGUUGAUAAGACUUACAAUGGGACAAUUUAUACUUGUACAAUUCAUGAUAUGGUUCGUGAUUUGGUGUUAAAAAUUGCAGAAGAUGAUGAAUUCUUCAAACAAGAUGGAACAAGUUGUCGCCAUUUGGGGAUCACAAGCAAUUUGGAUUCUAAGCACCUGAUAGGCAAUCGAAAGUUACGGGCUUUGUUGUCAACAACCAAGACUGCUGAAGUAAACAAGAUUGCAUCCAGCACUGCCAAAGCACUCUCCAAGCCUCAUUACUUGCGGGUACUUGAUGUUUCCAAAUCAAUCUUUGGAACAUCCCUCUCAGGUAUUCUAAGCCAGAUUGGUUCCCUUCAGCACUUAACUUACCUUAACUUAAGCAAUACUCAUCCAUUGGUUCAAUUCCCACCAUCACUUGAGAAGCUUGGCAACCUUCAGAUUUUGGAUGUAAGUUAUUGUCAAAACUUGAAAAUGCUUCCAUCUUACAUUGUGACUUUUAAGAAGCUGAAGGUCUUAGAUGUGAGCCAUUGCGGUUCACUUGAAUGCUUUCCCAAAGGCUUGGGAAGGCUUUCAAACCUUGAAGUAUUGCUAGGGUUUAGGCCUGCAAGAUCAAGCCAACCAGAAGGAUGUCGCAUUGGUGAAUUGAGAAAUUUAGCGAAACUUAGGAUGUUGAGCAUACAAAUAACUCGAGAUGAUGAGCUUGGACAUACUGAGGUCAAUGCAUUGGUAAAUCUCCAAGAACUGCAAUAUUUGUCCAUGAGUUGCUUUGAUAGUGAUGGUAGCGACCUCAUUACCAAGGUUGAUAAACUAUUUCCUCCACCGCAACUCCAUGAGCUGUGUCUCGAAUUUUAUCCAGGAAAGAUCAGUCCAAUGUGGCUCAGCCCCAUGUCACUUCCUGUAUUAAGGUUUCUUUCAAUUUCCUCCGGUAAUAUUGCAGAAUUCCAUGAGGGAUUUUGGGGGGAUGACGAUACUGUUUGGAAGAUUGAGGCCUUGAUGUUGGAAUCUCUCUCGGAUUUGGGAGUGGAGUGGUCGAAGAUGCAACAAGUUAUGCCAUCAUUAAGAAUUGUGAAUGCGAGUUGGAGUCCAGAGUUAGAGUCUUUCCCAAUUGACGAUUCUGGGUUCAGAGGUGAUGUCUGGAAGAAGGGAGAGCAUAGACGCUAAAGCCAGAACAAAUGCAAAAGGCAAUGGAUCUUGUGUAAUAUAUAUUGUUGGUUAUGGCACUUGAAAAUUUUCUGUUACUUGCAUGGUAAUUGUUAAGCUUGUAAGUUAUAUGGUAAUCGUUAUGCUUGUAAGAAA